AUGCGUAUCCACCACCGCCCAGCGAAGUCACCGGACUUCAAGAGCCCGUUUGCUCCGCUCCAGCUAGCAGUCGAGGACGAGGCGCAACUGGAAGCGGUAGCGCGGAUGUUCGUACAGAACACCGUCGUGCAGUACGAGAAGUACAUCGAGCAGGAUCGUCGGAAAGUAGACGGGAACUACUGGAAGUGCAUCAAGCACGAACGAGACCUGCGCGUAUUCCUACAGCGUCGACGGAAGGACGUGGAGCGUCGUAUGCGCCGACACGAGCGUCUCCGGAGCUUCCGGCAUCGCAGCUCCGUAAUCGCCGAGUUUUCCGACCUUGAGUCCUUCAAGUCGAGUCUUGGUAGCCGCGACAGCAAUUGCAGUAGUAUCUCGAGCUUUUUCAGCCGACGUACAGGCAGCUUUGCGAGCAAUCAUAGCAAUACAAAUAGUUCCGACAGCAGGUCAACGGCGUACAGUAACGAUUCCGACGUCGCCCCCGGGGCGACUACACUCGCGGGUGUCGAGCUGCCGGUAUUACAGCUCGUCGGGUCUGUGCCAGGCUCGAUGGACGACGCCAUGUACGGUGCUCUUGGCGCUACGGCUGACGCUAUGCGUGUGAAAAGCGCUUACGAGCGCGACAACACCACGGACGGCGCCGUGCUCGCUACAAUUACCGCUCCUAGCAUUGCCGAACCGUUCCGAUCCUUGACGGUCAAGUGGGUCGAGCUGGAAGGUCCGACCAUCGACCACCAUCGCUACCAUCCGCUACACUACCCCGUAACUCUACCGGGCGCAAGUUCUCGAGAAGAUCUGAUCUUCUUGGAGGCUACGGGUACAACGCAACUGGCAUCGGGUGAACGGGUUGGUUUCCAACUGCGUCACUCUGUGCACUUCCCUCAAACGCACAUCCGACACAACGUACGGCGAGGAAACAUGUCAAUGUGCACAUUAUUCCGCGACGGAGACGCCACCACUGGUGCCGUCUCUGAGGGCCCGUGCCGUGGAUCCGUCGAAGUGUUCGCGCGUGCCUGUCUGAGCGGCGGCAAUGCCGCUGUUCGAUCCACGACCGCCCAAAUGGCAGCAACCGGCACGGUCGUGUUGUGCGGACGGAUGAAGAAGCUCGCGUGGAUGCUGGCACAGCGUCAGCCGCCGGCGCAGCAAAUGAUGGGAUUCAUUGCCCACCAGACCAGUCUGGCAAGUCUUACGCGUUCAAUGCCACCGCAAAAGGCUCGGCACGGAUCGCUCACCGUCACGGUGCCGGCGGCCGCGGCGGCCGCCACGACGGCUACUGACGCUAAGUUAUGCGUGACCUGCAAGAAGCGUGGCACGUGGUUCAGUACGCACGGCAAGAAGAAGAAGCCGGCCACCACGUGCCAGUUAUGCUGGCGGUACGUGUGCUCGUCCUGCCGCUUGAAGAAGACGGUCAUGAACUGCGUCACCGAUCCGAGACGCGACGACCGUCUCGCAACUCACGUCGUGCAGCGUGAAGUGACGCUCUGUAACGUGUGCGUGCACCAAUCUAUGGUUGCAACCAGCGCUCGCGACGUCGCCCGAGAAGAGAUCGAAGCCGACCCGAAGCGCUGGCGAUUCCCGUCCCCAACGCACGGCCGCGACCGCUCCUCGGACGGAUAUUUACAAGCGCAUCUCCUAGCUCAACUAAACGCUUCCACGCACGGCACGAGUGCGCUCCGUCCUGUACCCGUCGUCUCGCUGCGCUCCGAUCACGUAGCGAGCGACCUUUUCCAACGCUGUGCAUGAUCACAGCUAGCUAGUAUUCAAUAUUGUCUCGACGGCCGAACUGUAGGUCCAUCGAUCAUCCUGACCAAGUUACGAAGUCGAAGUAACAAGAAAAUAGUCCCAGUUUAACUGUUUUUG